UCAUUCCCGUCAGAUUGUUGCACUUUGAUCCUGGUGCCUUUUUAAGCAGGAAGUCAAGGGAAUUUUCUCAGUAAGCUGUGUGAGGAGCAGGCGCUUUCUGCUACGAGUGGAAAAUCUGAUUGAAAGAAGGGAACGAUGACACCGGAACUGAGCUGACACAGACAGGUUGGACUAGAGUGAUUCUUGCCGAUCAGAAGUUUGAACUUUUCCAAAAAAAGACAGAAGUUGUAGUUUGAAAAUGUUUGGAAACACCGGACCUUUCUCUUAUUCCCCAAGGGGUUUCUUACAGGAGGACCUCCCUCAGCAGAGGCGGGCUUUCCAACAUGAUGACCUCAGGGGUGCUCCACUGCAGAGAAACCACAUGUCCAGGCCCAGUGGGAAAUCAAUAUACAAGCAGAGGAAGGAGUACUCUGAGGAGCUGAACAGACAAUCUGACAGCUUUCACGUCAGAGUGGAGCACCUGUUGACCUGUGAGCUGGACGGCCAGGAGCUGAAGACAGUGGACAGCUGCGUGGCCAAGCUCAAGAGGCUAGAUGCCAAAGGUCGCCUGUGGCCCCAGGAGAUGAUCAUUGAGGUUCAGGGAGGAUAUCUACUGCUCAGUGACAUCGAGACCAAGGUAGAGCUGGAGUCGCUGCCUUUGAGUUGCAUCAUGAAAACAGAAGCUGUGCUGGAUAGCUGCGCCUACAACUCUCUGCUGACAGUAACUGUGCAGGAACGGAACAAACGCCAGGUCUUCAUGUUCCAGUGUGAGGAGACUGGGGCGGAGCUCAUCAAGAGUGAUCUGGAUAAGGCAGUCCAAAAAGGAAGUGUUGAUAAGGAACCACACAGAUACCAGUCUGACAUCAGGAGUAAUCUUGAGAGUAUCAUCAGGCAACAUGCUCCAGAAAGUUUCCGGCAGGCUGGGCCUCAUCCUGUGCCGCGAGAGAGGACCCCACCACCGCUGGACCACCCGGCCCCACAGUGGAGCAACAGAGAACCAGAAAAUUGGGCGCCUCCGCAGGUCUACACCUCACAAGAAGCAACAGUGCACCUUCCUGGUCUUAAAGAAUUACAGAGUAGCCCAGAGGUUGAUUUGUCACCUGAACAGACAGACACAGAGAGGAACACGGACAUUUUAAACCAUGUUAUAAAUGAUUUGGAGAUCUUCAUGGGAAAAGUGUCUGCUGCAGCAAGUGCACCGUCGCCACAAGAGAACAAGCGCAAUAAGAAAAAUGGAUUUAAGAAGAAAAAAUCCAAGAACAACGCACCAGCUGUCAGUCUGCCACUUUGGGAGGAAUAUGUCUCCUAUCUUCAGAAAAUCAAAUAUGGAUUCAAUCUGUUGGGCCAGCUGGACGGUGCGCUGACCAGCCCCAGUGCUCCUGACUUUGUCCACAUCUUCUUCACUAGUUUAGGCAUGACAGUGCCUCAGUAUCCUGCAGACCUGCCUCCCACUGUGCUCUCUCCUCUGCUGACAGAGGCGGCCGUGCAGCUGCUCAGUCAGGUCGUCGGCCCGGAGGAAGACUGCCUUUGGACGUCACUGGGAGAUAGCUGGAACAUUCCCAGGUCUAGAUGGCCGGAUGAUGAUGUCCCACCUUACAUCCCAGAGUUCUACAAUGGCUGGCAGCCGCCUGCCCGCUCACGCAUGCCUUAUCAGAACAGUCCAAUGAGCAGGAGCAACAGCCAGCGCUUCCCACCUGGCCAACCCAAUGGACAAAUAAAUGAAAGGGGGAUGCAACAGCAACCCAAAGAGCCUGUGACUAACAGUCCAUGGGGUUCACCACCACGCCCCACUGAGCCACCCCUGUACAUGCGGGUCAUUUACGACUUCAUGGCCAGGAACAACCGAGAGCUGAGCAUUAUGAAGGGUGAUGUGGUUGAGGUGGUUCAGAAAUCCAAGCAAUGGUGGCUUGUUCGCAACGCCCGUGAUGAGGAAGGCAACGUUCCUCAGAAUGUUCUGGAGCCGAUGGAGAGCACUGGACUCAUGGAUGAUCUACCGCGCGACACUCGCGGUCCAGUGACUCUGGACAUGACCUCCGCACCUGCAGAGGUCAAAGCCUGGCUGCAGUACAAAGGUUUCUCCAAAAUCACUGUGUCCAGCCUCGGGGUUCUGACUGGCAAGCUGCUUCUGGGUAUGACCAAGGAUGAGAUAAGGACUGUGUGCCCAGAGGAAGGAGGCAAGGUCUUCUUCCAGCUUCAGGCCAUUAAGUCAGCGAUUGCACUCGCCAGUGAACCGUCAGACCUGUACAACGGACGCUACUAACGACCUGCUCCAAUUUCUUUUCUCCUGAAUUUAAUUGACGGAUCAACAUCUUAAAUUAUUGGUGUCUUAAUUCAUAAAUGCUCUUGUGUGACUGCUGCUUUCAGCAUUUCUGUUAUUUAAGGGAAAGCACUUUUAGCAAAUUAAACUUAUGUUGUAUAAUUUAUCACCUGCAGCAAUAAUUGUAAGUUACUCUAAAACUAAAUUACUGCAAUUUAUUUUACCUACUUGUAACUAGUACUGUAUCUAGUUAAUUUAAGUAAAGUGUGUAUAGUCUGUGAUUAAACUUAAUAUGUAUGUAGAUAUUUUUAAUCCAAUACUACAGUCGUGUUAAUUGAAUAACUACAACCAAGUUCUGCGUACAUAUACACACACACACACACACAAAUGUAUUGUACAAAAAGUGAUGUUGAAACAAAGUCAGUACAAGAUUUACUUUAAUCUGUCAAAAGAUGUAACAAAAAUUAAGUGCUUUAACUCAAAUUAAAGUUUCUACUUAUCUUCA